AGAUGGCUGCCGCAGCAGCCGCCGGGCCUCCGAUCCCGGACGAUGACAGUGAUCCUGAAGAGUUGGGUCCUGUGGAAGGGCCUCAGCUUCCGCCUUUGAAUCCUUUUGCAGCCGCGAGCCCAGCUGCAGCUUCGCCGACACAUGUGACAUUGUCGGCUGAGAUGUUUGAGCGUGUGAUGCAAGCCGUUGCCUCUUCUAGAAGCAGUAGCAGCCCCGAAGGAUUGGAUUCCCGUGACUUGCUGCGCCUUCUGCCGAAACCGGAAGUCUUUAAGGUGCCUCCCAAGCAGGAUGAACAUGCGGCAUGGCUUAGCUGGUGGUGGGGCACAAGGCAAUACAUUACUGCGUUGGACCAGCGCUUUGACAGUGACAUAGCUGUGAUCGAGGCAAACCUGUCUCGAGAGGUUGUUCUUUCGCCUUCGGACCCACAGGGGACAGCCGUCAGGUCAGCUCAAUUGUAUGCCAUAUUGUGCUCACUCCUGAAAGGAAAGGCGCUUUCCAUUGUGCGCCAGAUCGACAGCAAGCGAGGGUACGAAGCACUUCGACUGUUGCUUAUGCAAUAUCAGCCUCCCUCGAAGGAGUCCUUGAAAAGUGCUCUUCUUCUGAGGAGCAUUACGGCGAGCACGCGCUCGCACAUCGCAGCCUCCCUGGAUGAGAAUGCAAGCUACAGCACGUUGCGUGAGUGUGUGCUUAAGUUUGAGAGAACUCAGUUCAAGUGGUCUGGCAUGCACGUGUUUUCACCUGAUGGCUUGUUUGCAGCUAGCAACGCCGAUGCUGGCGGUCAGCAGCCAAUGGAUGUCGAUGCCGUUACCAAAGGCAAAGAUCGGAAAGGCAAGAAAGGACCCAAAGGCAAAGGCAAGGGUGACAAAGGCAAGCAGGGCAAAGGUCAGUGGAACUACCAGCAGAACCAGUGGGGUCAGCCGAAAGGCAAAGGCAAAGGUGACAAAGGCAAUAAAGGCAAGCAGCAGCCGUGGCAGGGCAACCAAUGGCAAGGCAAAGGUCAGUGGAACCAGCAGUCAUGGCGCCGUGUCACAGGUCACCGAUGCGAGCACUGCAGUGCCGCAGCAGAGUCCGUGCCCGAGCCCAGCCGCAUCUACAUCUCAGGUCCAGGGUGCGGUUCGCAGGGUUGA